AUGAGUACCAUAAGUUGGAACUGUCGUGGCUUGGGUAAUCCACAGACAGUUCGCGAGAUUGAGGGCAUGGUGUCCUCGAAGAAACCCGACUUUGUAUUUCUCAUAGAAACCAAGGUUGAUCGUGAUCAUGCGGAGCGUCUUCGGGUUAAACUUGGUUUUGAUGGCCUUUUUUGUACUAAUAGUUCUGGUUUGAGUGGUGGAAUGGCUCUAUUGUGGAGAACGAAUAAUACAGCGAGAUUGAUUAGUUACUCUACAAACUAUGUGGAUGUUGAGGUGACUAUGCCGGGGUUUGAGAAGUGGAGAAUGACUGGCUUUUAUGGUUUUUCACAGAGGGGUCAAAGGAGAGAUUCAUGGGAUCUUAUUCGUACCUUAGCUGGCAAAUCGAAUCUACCGUGGGUGAUGAUUGGUGAUUUUAAUGAUUUACUUUAUCAAGCUGAGAAACGAGGUGGAAACCCCCAUCCUCUGAGCUUAUUGCAUGGAUUUGGUGAGACUAUUGAGGAGUGUAGAUUAGCGCAGAUGCCAAUGAUGGGAUAUCCAUUUACCUGGGAAAAAGGAAAAGGCACACCGAAUUGGAUUGAAGAAAGAUUGGACAAGGUUUUGACUAGUCAGAGUUGGCGUGACAUUGUGCCGGAUGCUAGUGUGCAAAAUAUAUUGACCCGAAAGUCAGAUCAUUCCGCUCUUUUCCUUGGGAUUCUGAAUCUUCGGGAAAGGAUGGGUGGUCUGAGAAGAGGGUUCCGUUUUGAGAUGGCAUGGCUGCAUGAUGAAGGAUGUAGGGAUGUGGUGGAGAAGGCGUGGGAUGAAGGUGCUGGUAGGGGAUUGCAGGAAUGUAUCUCUAUUUGUGGAAAUCGAUUGUCGCGUUGGGGAGGAGAGCGUUUUCAUAAGUUUGGGGAACGGAUUAGAAACCUGCGAAAGGAGCAAUUGCGCCUCAGGGGGUGUAAUGAUCCGAGCUCUUUAGCUGAGUUCCAACUUUUGGAGGAGUGCCUAUGUCGUAUUGAGGCCCAGGAGGAUACAUACUGGAGGCAGAGGGCCAAGCAGCAUUGGCUUAAGAACGCGGAUGCUAACACAAAAUACUACCACAGUGGGGAUUGGGUGGAGGGUGAUGCCAUGAGGAAUGUUAUCUACAAUUAUUAUAAGACUAUCUUUACAUCUGGCCCUCCAAGUGAUAGUGGGGAGUUUCUUGGAAAUAUAGCCUCUCGGGUAACACAGGCUCAGAAUGAGUUGUUGUUGCGGCCCUUUGAUGCUAGUGAGGUUAAGAGUGCUCUGUUUUCAAUGUUUCCUAACAAAGCACCAGGACCGGAUGGAAUGAAUCCGGGUUUCUACCAGCAUUUCUGGGAUGUAGUGGGUGGUGAUGUAUCAGCAUAUAUUGUGGAUUGUCUUAAUAAUCGCUCGUUUCCAGCUCGCCUGAAUGAUACGAAUAUAAUAUUGAUCCCUAAGAAGAAAACCCCAGAGAUGGUCUCGGAUUACAGACCUAUAGCACUGAGUAACGUGGUGUACAGGAUUAUGGCUAAGGUUAUAACGGCCAGGAUGAAACCACUUAUGGGAGAUAUUAUAUCUGACACCCAAAGUGCUUUUAUUUCUGACAGGAUAAUAACAGAUAAUAUUUUGAUUGCUGCAGAGGUGGGGCAUUUUUUGAACAGAAAACAAUGUGGAAUCACAGGAUGGGGGGCUUUGAAACUGGAUAUGGCAAAAGCCUAUGAUCGAAUGGAGUGGCCAUUCUUGCGUAGUAUGAUGUUAGCAUUGGGUUUUGAUGGAAGGUGGGUGGAUUUGAUAAUGCUGUGUGUGACCUCAGUUUCGUAUACUAUUCAGAUUGGUGGGACUUGUAGUGACCAGAUCAUGCCGACCCGUGGAUUGAGACAGGGUGACCCACUGUCACCUUAUCUCUUUAUUAUUUGUGCGGAGGGACUUUCAUUGCUAUUACAGCAGGCACAAUUGAGAGGAGAUCUACAUGGGUGUAGAGUAGCUAGGGGAGCCCCCCCUAUAUCCCACUUGUUUUUUGCAGAUGACAGCUUACUCUUUUUUAGAGCAACAGCGCAGGAAGCCAGUGUGGUAAAACAGUGUUUAGCGGCUUACGAGGAAAUGUCUGGGCAAGCAGUGAAUUACUAUAAGUCAAGUAUUUGCUAUAGUAAGAAUACGCGGGAUGAGCAGAGAGAGGAGGUUGCCGAUAUAUUGGGAGUGGUUCAGGCGCCGAAUUUUGGGAAGUAUUUAGGACUUCCAUCGUUUGUGGGCAGGAAUAAGAGAGCAGUAUUCUAUUACAUUGAUGACAAGAUCAGGCAGCGGAUUGGGUCCUGGAAUAAAAAACUGCUUUCACAGGCAGGUAAGGAGGUCUUAUUGAAAAGUGUGGCACAGUCUAUGCCCACCUUUUCUAUGAGUGUCUUUUUACUACCUUUGAAUACUUGCACGGCCAUUGAGAGAGCUAUGAAUCGUUACUGGUGGAGAGCUAAGGAUGAUCAGGGCAUCCAUUGGAAGGCAUGGGAUAAAUUAUGUAUCCCCAAGAAAUAUGGAGGAUUGGGCUUUAAGGAGUUGCAUGCCUUUAAUUUAGCUAUGUUGGGAAAGCAGGCCUGGCGUUUGCUCACCAAACCUGAAACGCUAGUUUCUAAAAUAUAUAAAGCCAGGUAUUAUCCUAAAGGGACUUUCUUUGAUGCUUCUGUGGGGAAUAAUCCAAGUUACUGCUGGCGUAGUAUUAUGGCGGCACAGGAAUUAGUUUGUGGGGGUGUCAGACGCAGAAUUGGGAAUGGAAAAGAAACUCUUAUAUGGGAUCAUCCAUGGCUCCAGGAUGAUAAUAAUGCGAAAAUAAUCACUGACAAACCACCAUAUUUGGCGCAGGCAACUGUGAUGAGAUUAAUAGACCAGGAGACGGCGACCUGGGACCAUGAAAUUUUAAAUGAUAUUUUUAUUCCGGAGGAUGUGAUGCGAAUAUUGAAAAUACCUGUGUCACCAGACUAUGAGGAUAUGUGGUAUUGGCAUGGUGAUGUAACCGGAGAAUACUCGGUAAAAAACGGCUACAGGCAAGUGGUGGGAGAUUAUGUACACACCACAGGAAUGUUUGAUAAAUGGCCCAAAUUAUGGAAACUCAAAGUACCCCCGAGAUGUAAAACUUUCUUAUGGAGAGCCUUGAAUAAUAUAUUGCCCACCACAACGAACCUCAUUAUAAAGAGAGUGGAGAUUAGCCCAACAUGUGCUAUGUGUGGGGUUAUGCAUGAGAAUGUUAUGCACUCUUUGGUUGAAUGUGAUUAUACAAGGAACAUUUGGGCACAAUCUCACCUUCCAACCCCCAAUACUAUCACAGAUAUUUUUCAUGUUUGGUUUAAUGAAGUAUUAAAUAUUCUAGAUGAUGAUGGAAUUAUUUAUGCAGUAGGCCUGCUAUACUAUAUAUGGCGAGCAAGGAAUGGAGCUGUGUGGGAUGCAUACUUGCCCAGACCACAAAGGAUAAUUGCAACCGUAGCCGCAGCGAUCCGGGCGUGGCGAAUUGCACACCCGGACCGCCCGCAACGCCUGCAUGCUCAGCGUGGAUCCACCACGGCAACUGCCGAGCAGCGGCAGGAAACGGCACUGCCGCAUGCGCGCACACCGCCCACAAUCCACACGGCUGCCCUCUCACGGAAGAAAUGCUACAUUGAUGCAGCCUUUGUCCAUGCCACAAGUAAAGCCGCUGUUGGGGCAAUACUACUAGACGAACAGGGAUUGUAUAUCACAGCUCUACAGGCGCCUUUGGUAAACUGUUUCUCCCCGUUUAUGGCAGAAGCAAUUGCGUGCAAAGAAGUAUUAUCUUGGUUGUGGGAUCGUGGGGAGAGGUCGGUGGACAUACUAACGGAUUGUUUGUCACUACAACAGUACUUGUCACAAGCAAAGGAUACACCACGUUCGUACCUCGGCUAUGCCAUUGAUGCCUGCAGAAAUCGGAUGGUUUCCUUUAAUUAUGUUUCAGUUAAUUAUGUUCCUAGAUCAGAUAAUCGUUUAGCACACAUUUUAGCCACUUCGGCCUUUAGUUAUUCAGCACCGAUGUACUCGGACAAUGGUCCGCCAGACACUAUUUCAGCAUAUUUUCAAUAA